CGCCUUUCUCGGGCCGCGGCGGGGCCGCGCCGCCUCCAUCGCCGCCUCCAUAUAUAUAUAUGGGGAGGGCAGCGGCGGCGGGACCGCUCUAGUGGGGGGACGGCGGCUCUGGUUUGAGGCUUGGGUUCGAUUUGGAAAUAACAGAGCAGUUAUUGCCUUGCUUUAUCUACAAGCAGCUUUUAAUCUAUUAGUGUUAUUACAAAUAAGAAAAAAUAGGAGACAACUAUCUCCAUACCUACGAGGAAACAGGAGACUUUGCUCUGAAGUAACCGGUAAACAAGUGUGAAGCAUGAGGAUUAACUCUGCUAUUCAGGCUGCUAUUGACCUCACAGCAGGAGCUGCAGGUGGGACAGCAUGCGUGGUGACUGGCCAGCCCUUUGACACCGCAAAGGUGAAGAUGCAGACGUUCCCCAACAUGUACAAAGGACUUGUUGACUGUUUUGUGAAAACCUAUAAGCAAGUGGGGUUUCGAGGCUUCUACAAGGGAACCACACCAGCCCUUCUAGCCAACAUCGCAGAGAACUCUGUUCUGUUCAUGUGCUAUGGAUUUUGCCAACAAAUUGUGAGAAAAAUUGUUGGAGUUGACAGGAAAACAAAGCUCAGUGAUCUGCAGAAUGCUGCUGCAGGCUCCUUCGCCUCUGCCUUUGCCACCCUUGUCCUCUGCCCCACAGAGCUGGUGAAGUGCCGGCUACAGGCCAUGUAUGAAAUGCAGUUGUCAGGAAAGAUAAUCCAGGGACACAAUACAGUUUGGUCAGUAGUGAAGGGUGUUAUUCAAAAGGAUGGCCCCCUUGGAUUUUACCGUGGCCUGUCAAGCACUUUGCUGCGGGAAGUCCCAGGCUAUUUCUUCUUCUUUGGAGGGUAUGAACUGAGCCGGACAUUCUUUGCCUCUGGGAGAUCAAAAGAUGAUUUAGGUAUGGUGACUCUUUUUCCAGGUCCUGUUCCUUUGCUACUAAGUGGAGGUUUUGGAGGCAGCUGUCUGUGGAUUUCUGUGUAUCCUGUGGACUGUGUCAAAUCCAGAAUUCAGGUUCUUUCAAUGGCUGGAAAACAGGCAGGCUUUAUGGGAACAUUUGUAACUGUUGUGAGAACUGAAGGUGUACUUGCCUUGUAUUCUGGACUAACACCAACUAUGAUCCGUGCGUUCGUGGCCAACGGGGCACUGUUCCUUGCCUAUGAGUACAGCCGGAAACUUAUGAUGAAACAAAUAGAUUCUUAUUGAUACCUUCCAGCAGAUAAAGAACAAACAAUUAUUAUAAAUAAAUGAUCAAAAAUAUGUAGAUCACAUGAUGGUCUGAGGAGGGCCAAAUCAGUGACCUAAUUUUAGGAACUCAACUCCAGUCUAGGAUUUGUAAUCUUUCAAAAUCAGGUGAUUUUAUAGAGCUGUGUACAUACUGCCUGAAUUGCACAAGCAGAACUAUCUCCAUCUUGCAGAUUCUGCACUAGGUACAUUGCAUGUCAUAAAUGUAUUUCCUGACCUGUAAUGGUGCUAAAAAGACUUAUUAACCUGUGGGGUUUAAUGUAACAUGAGACAGUAGGCUAUGAUUUGCCUACAGCAAAGCACUGGUUUUACAUCUCUGCUGUCAGUGACCUUUACCAGUUGUUGCUGGUGUGUGACUCAAAAAUAACAUCAGUCUUGUCUAAUCAUGCUGAUUAUGGAUGACUUGGACAUAAACCUCAACUAGACCACUGUCCUUCUCCAGCUCCCAGCUGCUCUGUGACUUGCCAAGGUCUUGGCAGAUGGUGUCUGACUUACAUACUCUGUCCUACUGAAUGGGCUUAUAAAAGUAGGAAGUGUUCACCCCCUACUACCUUGUACAAAUGAUAUGCAUGCAUUUUUGGUAAAAGAAACCCAGUAACAAUGAUAAGGAAUCUAUGCAGCAUUUUAUUGUUUUCUAAAUCCUUUCAAGAAGUGGUAGAAUAUGCUAAGCACUGCUUAACAUAAGGGACAGUGCUGGAAAUAGCUGCUGGCUCUGAGCACAGAAUUGUAAGUUUGUGCAGGCUCCUGUUUGGGCCGCCUUGUCAUGAACGAGUCCAUGUGCUGGAAGGACAGGAAGCUGAAGAGGAGCAGAGAGCUAGAACUGUUCUUAAAGACACCUGACACUAUGGUCUCUGGUAUAGCACACUCUUACUUGGGCUGAGUCCUGCCCCUUGCUGUGCCUCUUCAGCACAUAUGAGUGGAAAAAGCUCAUAUGACUGGAUAGCUUGUAUCACCUUCAGGCCUGGAGGGCAUGCCUGCUUAGUCAUGUUCCUUGAUUAACUGUGUACUUAGUGUUACCCAAAAUAAUGCAGUGACACCUAUUUCCAGAUGCCGCUUUUGUUCUUGAGGUAGACCAUUCUUUGUACAAGCAUGCUCUACCUUGUAAGAAGCAGCUACUGUCUUAUCCUGGAAUAAGUCCAAGCAGGUCUCAGGUCAGCACAAGCUUGGGCCUGGAGUUGUACAGCGAUGCUGUGUGCUGUUAGUGCAGCCCAGCAGUGGUGGGGGAGGGGGCACAGACAGAGCCCUUUGACUCUCUGAUAGCAUCACAGCUACACGGAGAGUAGCAGCUUCUCACAGCAACCACCUUUGUUAGAGCUGGAACAGCCUCAUUUUGCGUGUUACAGCUUCCCUUUCAGAUCCCAGAAACAGGAAGAAGCUUUAAGCAUAGAUGAAAUCAUCUCAAUACCUGCUGCCUCUUGCAGUGGAGCCAGGGUGCACCUAAGCUGGCUAAUUUCUUACAUUGUCACAGCCUCUGAUGGAAAAUGGUUGCUGCAGUUCCACAAACUCUUCUUGCUCCUCCAGCUUUCAAGUGCAGAAGGAACAAGUCAUCUCCCUUUCAUAUACCAUCAGAAAAGGCAGUUAAAGCAGGGCAUGGCUGAAGAAUCUUCAGUGUCUAUUGCACCACUUUACCUUGAUUGACUAAUACACUAGGAGCAGCAAUACUCUGGAGUGCCAGUACUUUAAAGGGAAUUUAUACCAAAUGUUUAAAUAAUUCAGGUAGGAGGGUGAGACUUUAAGAGUUGUUAGACUUCUCCUUUUCAAAGUUGUCUAGCUAAGAGAAAUAGUAUAUUUGUACAUGGUUCUAAUAGUUACAAAAAGGUGAGGACUGACUCCACAUCAGUGGAAUACUUCAAUCUAUUUCUUAGAUUUGUCUUUGCUUUCAUUUUUUAAAGCUCAUGGUUGCAGUUUUUAAUAUAGCAGUUGAAGCUUCAAGAGAAGCAGGAUAUUUAAAACUGAACCUACAGCAAGAAGCUGGUGACAUUUUUGAGAGUUUACCUUCUGAAGUUGAUGUAAGCAGGAAUUUUUCCAUUCACAGCUGCUUAAGCUGUACAUGUGUAUCAGUUGUUCAGCUAAGAACUUCAUAAUGGUAUAGGAAUUCAUGGGAAUAAAGUUUCAUUUGAUUUAC